AGGCGCUUUGUUCGAAGGCUCGGGGGCAGAAAGUUCGGGUGGAGACCCGGAGCUCUCCGGUGAUGCUCUCGGGGCUGAGGUUUUCUUCUUCCCGGCGCUGCUGGGUGGCAGCGCUGAGCCGCGCGCGGUGCUGCUCGCUGCGGGAGCGUUACCUGCGGGAAGCGACGGAGCAAACCUCAAAGCCGCCCCGGGUGCUGCACGGACCGCGUGCAGGCGGAGCUGAGUGCCGUAGCAGCUGCAGCCCGCGGCAGUUGGCGGUGCGCGGACACAAAGAGCUGCACGCACGGCUCGCGGCGCGGACCGGCCCUCCCUGAGCAAGUUUGUGAGGUGUUCUCGGCGGUGAGCGCCCUUUGUUUCGGAAUGUGAAGCGAAACGCUUAUCUUUCCGGACAAUUUCUUGAGUAGGACAGCCGGAAACGUGCACGGAAUCCCACGGACGAAGUUUUAUGCUCGCUGCCAAAUGUCUGCCCCGUGUUGGAGCUGGUGCUGGUGGGGCACCAACAGCCAUGUGUUCAGGCCUUCAGCCGCAUGGUGAAGAUGUGGAAACAGGGCUGCACAGGGAGGAGGUGGUGCAUGGGAUACGAGAGGAGGUCUGGUUACUACACUGUGUACAAGCAGGUGUACAGAAUGGAGCACCAGACUGUCUAUAAGUGCUGCCCUGGGUGGGCUCAACACAACAGCGAACCUGGCUGCUUGCAUAUGCUGUGUGCUGCUGACACUUGCUUCAAUGGAGGGAAGUGUUCUAAAGAAGGACCUCACGUGUGCCAGUGUCCUGCAGGAUUUCAGGGUCCUCACUGCCAGUAUGAUGUAAACGAGUGCAGCACUGAGAACGGAGGCUGUCAGGACCAAUGCUGUAACACCAUUGGCAGCUACCACUGCAAAUGUCCAGCUGGCCAGAAACUGGGGGAAGAUGGGAAAUCGUGUGGAGAUGUGGAUGAGUGUGCAGAGGUGAAUGGAGGCUGCCAGCAGGGCUGCAUCAACACCCACGGCUCCUUCCACUGCCACUGUCAGACAGGAUACAGGCUGCACUCCGAUGGACGCACGUGCUUGAUGAUAGACCCCUGCACAAGUGGGAAUGGAGGAUGCUCACACAUCUGUCAAAAUGAGAGAGGAACUGCCAAAUGCGAGUGUCACCCAGGGCAUUAUCUUUCUACAGACAAGAAGUCCUGCUUAGACAUUGACGAGUGUGCAGAAGGGAGAGCCAGGUGUGCUCAUCGCUGUGUGAACACGCUGGGAUCCUUCACCUGUGCCUGUAAUCCCGGCUUCGAGCUGGGGGCUGAUGGGAAGCAGUGCUACCGCAUUGAAAUGGAGAUAGUGGACAGCUGCCAGAAGGACAACGGUGGGUGCUCCCACGGCUGCGAGCACACGGCAACAGGGCCACGCUGCUCCUGCCACGAUGGCUACGUGCUCAGCUCAGAUGGCAAGGCAUGCACAGACCUGGAUGAAUGCGAGACCGGCGAGUCGUGCUGCUCCCAGUUCUGCAUCAACUACGUGGGCAGCUACGAGUGCAGCUGUAGAGCAGGCUUCCAGCCCAGUGCUGACGGCUGUGGCUGCAAUGAUGUGGAUGAAUGUCGUCUUGAGAAUGGCAACUGCGACCACGUCUGCAUUAAUUCCCUGGGGUCAUAUGAAUGUGCCUGCAAGGAAGGGUUCUGGCUGGGCGCUGACCGGCGCUCCUGCAUCGUGUUAGGAGGGGACUCAGCAGUGUCGGGCUUCGCAGGCGCUCCAGGGCUGCAGUUCAGAGGUGCCCCCCAGCUCCUGCACUACGUGCUCGGGGCCCUGCGUGAGGAUGAGGAUCAGCGAGGGGAGCUGACGCUGGUGCACAGAGCUGUUUGCCUUGAUAAUACUUUUGGCAAUGACUGCAGCUUGAGCUGUGAGGAUUGUAUGAAUGGAGGCAGAUGUAACAGUGAGAGCAGUGGCUGUGUUUGCUCACCUGGGUGGACCGGCAUUACCUGCAACGAAACCUGCUCCCAGGGCACGUACGGUGACGGUUGUGCAAGUACCUGCAAGUGCCAGAACGGAGGCUCCUGCGACCCCAUCACAGGGCUGUGUCGCUGCCCACCAGGAGUCCAGGGGCCAUUUUGUGAAGAUGGUUGUCCCAAGGGAUUUUUUGGGAAGAACUGCAACAAACCAUGCAACUGUGCCAACAGCGGCCACUGCCACCGGCUCUAUGGAGCCUGCUUGUGUGACCCUGGGCUGUACGGACGCUUCUGCCACCUCACCUGUCCCAGGUGGGCUUUCGGUGUGGGCUGCUCACAGGAGUGUCAGUGUGUGAAGGAGCACACGCUGGGAUGCAGUGCACAGAACGGGACCUGCAGCUGCAAGCCUGGAUAUCAUGGCAAGAAAUGCCAGAAAGCAUGCACACCAGGCUUUUAUGGGGCUGGUUGCAAACUGAGGUGCAACUGUUCCACCAACGUUUUGUGUGACCACGAGACGGGAGCCUGCAAGCGUCCAUGCCCGCCUGGUUUCCAUGGAGAAAAAUGCCAUUCCUCUUGCCAGCCCGGGAGGUUUGGGGUGGACUGCAGGCAGAGCUGCAGCUGCGGGGGAGCACCCUGCGACCCAGAGACUGGGCGUUGUAUUUGCCCAGCUGGGAAAACUGGUGCCAUGUGUGAGAGAGCCUGCCCUGUUGGAUACUAUGGACAAAACUGCCUGCUGCCAUGCAGCUGCAGCAGUGAUGCUUUUUGUCACCACAUCACUGGGGAGUGCAUGUGUCCCCCUGGCUGGACUGGUCACGACUGCAAGCACCCCUGCAAUAGCGGCCACUGGGGACAGCGCUGCGAAAACUCCUGUGCCUGCAAUAACAGCGAUGGGAGCUGCGAUCCUGUCACCGGGUCCUGCUUCUGUGAGCCAGGAUUCACCGGGGAGCACUGCGAGCAGAGAUGUCCUGAAGGAAGCUUUGGUCCCAGCUGCAAGCACAGCUGCCAGUGCCAGAAUGGGGCUGUGUGUGACCAUGUGAGCGGAGCCUGCACGUGCAGUGCUGGAUGGACUGGGACCUUCUGUGAGAAAGCUUGCCCAGAAGGAUUUUUUGGGCUUGACUGCCACCAGGUGUGCAACUGCAAGAACGCUGCAGGCUGUGACCAUGUCCUGGGGACCUGCCGCUGCCUCCCGGGCUGGAGGGGCGAGACCUGCGAGCAGCCGUGCCAGGGGGACAGGUUUGGGCAGGGCUGUGCUCACACCUGCAACUGUCACAACGGAGCAAUCUGUGAUCAUGUAACGGGAACAUGUGCCUGCACCCCGGGCUGGGGAGGAGCCACCUGCCAACAAGCCUGUCCUCAGGGCUGGCAUGGUGCCGGCUGCCUGCAGCGCUGCAUCUGCCCUGGCCAGACUGCGUGUGACCCCGUGACUGGAGAGUGCCAGUGUCCCAAGGGCCGGACAGGGACGUCCUGUGAGCUUGCGUGUCCCCCAGGAUAUUUUGGAGAGAGGUGUGAGGAGCAAUGUGACUGCGUUCACAGCGUGUCCUGCCAUCCCCAAACAGGGGCUUGUCGCUGUGCCAGGGGGUGGCGAGGCAGGCACUGUGACAAACCCUGCUUGCCUGGCCACUACGGUUUGGGUUGUGCCCGGCGGUGCCACUGCCCUGCAGGCAUCCCCUGCCACCACCUGACCGGUGAGUGCGGCUGUCCUCCAGGAUUCACUGGCCAUGGCUGCGAGAGAACUUGUCCACCAAACACGUAUGGCCAGAGCUGCAGCCAAACCUGUCGCUGCCGUGCUGAGGAGGACUGUCACCCCAUCACUGGGCAAUGUGUGUGCCACCCGGGGUACCACGGGGCCCUGUGCGACCGCCCAGGGUGUCCAAAAGGUACUUACGGUUCAAACUGCCAAAAAUCCUGUAAGUGCAUGAAUGGAGGCCAUUGCGACCCAGUGUCGGGAACUUGUGAUUGCGCGUCUGGUUUCAUUGGAGCCGACUGUAGUAAAACUUGCCCAGAAAAUCGAUACGGGAAAGACUGCGCCCUGUUUUGUGCAUGUGGUAAAGGUCAGUGUGACCCACGGACUGGCAGCUGUACCUGUCCUCCUGGCCAAAUGGGACCUGGCUGUCAACAAGUGUGUCCCCAGGGAUGGUUCGGCCCCAGCUGCCGCCUGACGUGCAGCUGUCAGAACGGUGCUAUCUGUGACCACGUGGAUGGCAGCUGCACUUGUGGACUCGGCUGGACAGGAAAAUCGUGCGAGAAAGAAUGUCUUCCUGGCAAGUAUGGCCCCAGCUGCAGCUUGGACUGCUCAUGCCAGCACAACGGCACCUGCGACAGGUUCACGGGCUGCUGCCACUGCCCAGCAGGGUUCUACGGCCGCUCUUGUGAGCAUGGGUGCCCCCCCGGGUUUUAUGGGCUGAGCUGCCUUCAUGCAUGUGCCUGUAAAAACGGAGCGAGCUGCGACGCCGUGAUGGGGCAGUGCGUUUGUCCCUCAGGGUACCAUGGUAUCCACUGCGAGAAAGGCUGUGCCAGUGGGCGCUUUGGUGAGCAGUGCCAGCACCGGUGUGACUGCGGAGGAGCUCCUUGCAACCCAGCCACUGGGAAGUGCCUCUGCCCACCUGGAAAGACUGGGGACAAAUGUGACAUUGGCUGCCGGUCGGACCAGUAUGGCCCCGACUGCUCUCUGCGAUGCCAGUGUGCCAAAAAGUCCCAGUGCAACCCAUACAAUGGGAAAUGUGUCUGUCCAGCCACGUGGAUGGGGCCAACCUGCAAGGAAGGUGGCCCUCCAAAGCUUCCUUUUUAUGAAGAACAAACUCAAGAAGGAGGGAAUAUUUUUCCGAGAGCUCUACAACAGUAACGUUUGGACUAAUAAAUGAACUCUUUUAUAUGCACAGAAGGUAUUUGAAUUUGGAUAUGAAAACAGGUAUUCAAUUCAGCCUGAAUUGUACUGAAGUAUUCACACUUCUUAUGGAAGACUACAGAGGCCUUUUAGUAGCUGGUUCCUUUUAAAAAGUUGAAUCUGUUUCAUGUAUUUAUUCCUAGCCUGUUGCCUCUCCAUUAGUCUACUUGGGACAUUCUUUCUGAUAAGUAGUAUAAUUCGUUGCUUGAAAGCUUGGACAUGUGGAUUUUUUGUUUUCUUUUUGCUUUUUGUAAAACCAGCUCCAAAGAGGAUCAGUAACACACCAAUUUAAAGUGAGCCAUGGCAUGCUAAAUGAGCAUUUAACAGAUUAUGAAGCUAAUGCAAGUUCACUGCAAAAUCACGUUGCUCAGAAACCAGUGGGAUUCACCGAGUCUGUGAAAAACAUUGUAUGUUCUAGAAAAUGAUCCAGUUUUAAAGUUACAGCUGAUGAAGAAUCUGCCACCAUCUUUGAUAAGUUAUGCAUUCGUUUGAGAAUACGUAUCACAUUUCAAGUGUGAAUUGGCUGGCUGGAAGGUCUCCAUCCAUAUCUUGUUUGCAUCUGAGGCUCCUUUCUAAAGAGCACAAUGUUAACUGUCAGGCUCCUCUGGUUUUCUGUGUUCUCCCAUCUCAUCAAUGGAGUUUCUCAGCAGUUUGUGAAGUCAAACUGUACAGCAGUUCUUGUAAAACUUUCCUACAAUGGAGGAAGCUGUAUCUUGGAUGGAGAAAGACGAUAGUGAGGAUAGAUAUGUAACAAUAAUCUGAGUUCUUUUUAUGUAAAGGAUUAUAAUGUGAUCUUUACCACACAGUAAUCUAAUUAUCAGCUUUAACAAGUCCUGAUACCACUCAACAGCUGCUGUUGGUCACCUACAACAAUGGCAUUUUGGUGCUAUUUUUGUCUCUUUAGACAGGCUGGUUUUUAAUAUAGGACCAAGUCGUUAUUAAGAAAUAAUAUUCUUUAUUUUAGUAUUCUGAGUUAACAAGGCUAAAAGAUUUCAGAGUAACUCUUAGUACUUCUCCUUAGAUUAAGGGUUACAAAACGUGCUCAGUAACCUCUUGAGUCUUACUAAAUCAGGGGUGCCCUUGGUUAAAGGCACCAGGACCACGGGCUCUGGCCAGGUAGCACAAGCUCUUCCAGGUUUUGUGUUCAUGCUAGCAUUACCAUUCACACACCACAACGAAUCACAACUCCGCAAGGGAUUUUUGUCAUAGAAGAGAGAAAGUGGCAAUAAUUGAAGCUCACUUGUGAUUUUGAAUAAUGUUUAUGUUUGCAAUUGGAUAAUGAGUAUGUGAAGCAACAGUUACCUCUUGGUUCUCCUCAAGUCCUAAACCAGUAUGUCUGGUUCGAAGCAAGUAAUGCUUGCUCACCUGGAACUGCAAUUCAAGCUGUGAUCUUUUGGAAGCAAUAAAGGUUUACUAGGUGUUUUUUCAAGCCUCA